UAUUAUUAUUGUGGAAAAAUGGCCGCAAUGGUAUUGUUUGAAUUAUAAAAGACUAUUGUACCUGAAAAAUAGUUUCUUUUACAUUUGAUGGAAAUCCAGGAGGUGGGCAGCAGGAUCAUGCGAGGCCGCGCAAGGGGGCGGGGCCGUGGUCGUGGUCGCGGCCGACCGCGCGGGCGGGGCAGAGGCAAGAAGGUGGUGAAGACGGUGGAGAAUGAGGAUGUGGAAAUGCCCCUGCAGGAGCUGGAGGCUUCUCCGGCUGCCAAUGACGAGAACUUGCAGCCACCCAAGAUCGAUUUGGAGGCCGACAUAUCGCAGCUAGAGGCGCCCACCUUCACGACCAUCAACCGCGGCCCGCCCGAGCCCAUGCUGCGGCUGCAGUGGGACCACCACGUCAACCUGAUCGGUGACAAGGUGCUCAACCCGAUGAUCCACUGCUGCGACAAGUGCGAGAAGCCCAUUCUCAUCUACGGCCGAAUGAUCCCGUGCAAGCACGUGUUCUGCCUGUCGUGCGCCAAGCGGGAGGAGAAGGUUUGCCCGCGCUGUGUGGAGAAGGUGACGCGCGUGGAGCAGACAGGGCUGGGCACGGUCUUCAUGUGCACGCACGGCGGCACGCGCUAUGGUAACAAGGGCUGUCGGCGCACCUACCUGUCCCAACGCGACCUCCAGGCACACAUCAACCACCGCCACAUCGCAGCGGCGCCCGUGCCAUCCCUCAGUGACUCCCCCCAGUUCCAGCUGGGCAUGGGCGGUGCCAAGUCAACCGUGCCGCUCCCGGAACCCCUGCAGCCCGCACCCCAGCGCAUCAAGUCUCACAUUGGUGCUCAGCCAUCCGUGGGCGACCCGCGCAUCCAGCACUCGGCUCUGGUGGCACCGAUGGGCCCUCGGCGUGGCCAGUCCCCACCCCCGCCGCCCCCGCCACCCUUCCACCGCCCGCCCAUGAUGUACGCUCAUGAUGGGGCGCAGAACCCUCCGCCCAACAUGCGCACCAACCUGAUCACGGUGCCCAUCCAGGAUAGUGGCGGCGGCGGCCCGCCCGAGCACGGCAAUCCUCCGCCGCCCAUGUACCACCACUACGGGGGGCCGGCCCCGCCCCCGGGCUACUCCCCGUACGGGGUGCCCCCGCCCCCGCAGCCCCAGCCCCCGUACUACCCACCGUCCGCGCAGGUGGGGUACCAGGGCGCGCAGUACGGGGGGCAGGGCGGGGGCGCUCCGUACCAGGAGCCCGCCCAGCAGUUCUCCACACCACCACCGCCACCGCAACAGUGGCCCCACCCCUCCAACCCCAGCUUCUACCGUUAGCUACCAUACCUACCAUACCUGCAUUAGGAACGUCCAGUGCUUCAGACUUCUUAACAUAAGUGUUAACAUGUGCUGCCAGAUAAUACAGUUUGCAUUUCGAGGUGGAUUUUUGAAAUAUCUUGUGAUUUUUUUUUUUUUGCCUUGCAAGUAAGUUUGGUUGACAUAGCUAACUGUUUAAUUUGAAAAAUUAGAAUUUAGUUUCAAUGCUGGAAACUUUGGGUAAGUCAAAGAAACUUGAUCCUGAACUGUGAAGCAACCAUGUCGUCCGUACUCCUUCUCGGCAGGUUGCAAAACACACAGCUUCUAAAACGAUUAUGAUGGGUGUGUAUUGUGUUGUACUGGUCUGACAUUCCUGAAGUUUUCCUGCUAUUUAACUUCUCGAGCAAUUUGCUGGGAUAAUGUAGUGCUGCAGGCGGUAUAAGAUAUUUUCUUGCUGUGAUUUUUGUGGUUAAGGAAUUUAGAUUUUUGAUGUGAGAAGACUCUAGAGACUUACUUUACUCAGGUUUGAAAUGUUUUAUACUUACUACCUUAUAACAACGGGAACAGGGUUGAAGCAUUCGUAGGAUAGUGCUUCUGGUCAAAUAACAUGAAAACAAUAAUGUUAUCAGCAUUACAUAACUUACUACAUUACUUUACUGGCUUUCACCGUAGUUACCAGCACAUGAGACGAGAUUAGUUGUUCAGUAAUGCAAACUGCUACAGGACUUGAAGCCACUUGGUCAUAAAUAUGGAAGUACGAGUAGUUGUGUGGUAUUUUAUGUGAGUGUAAAUAAGCUCUAAGAAAAUAUACUGUCUUUUGUUUUGCUCACUUGAACAAGAGCUAGGGCUUGACAAUCGACAGUUGUGAUGGAGAGGUGAGAUGGUAUUUUUUAGGGAUGGGACGAUUCCAAAGUUUUUGAUUCCGAUACCCGAUUAGCGAUUCUUUAAAAAAUCCUUCAAUUCUCAAUACUCAAUACUCACCUAGUUAACUUAAUAUUAAAUAAUUCAAAUUCAAUUUGCAACAUUUUUUUUCAGCUUUCAAUACAUAUAUGAUGUAGCAUACAUCAUAAAUUCAUAUUUAUCGAAUUUGAGUACACAACUAAGUUAUUAACAAUAAAUUAAAUAAAUGUUUACAUCAUUAGAAGUUAAUAGCUCAUAUGUCAAAGAGGUCAAACUAAUCUAAAAUUUGUUUUGUAAUACAGAAUGAACUAUAAAAAAAUAUUUUAGGCUUUCCUUAAGCAGUAUAAAUAAUUUUCGUUCAUACAACUUGCCUAACUUAGAGAAGGGUACAAAUUAACUAAAAAAUUUGUGAAAUGAAACAGUAACAAAACUAAGCAACAACUAGAGAACUAGCAAAUGAAAGUGCUGUAUUUGAUUGUGGUAUUUCGGCGUUAAGUUACAUUUGAGAAACACACACAAAUUCAUUCGUUAUUUUGGCGUUGUGGUCAAUUUUGACAUUCGGCGUUAUGUUAUUUCAGCGUUGUGAUAACAACCCAACAAAAUCUAUAAAACACUGUUGACCAACUAAUCAUCAUCGUCACACCAUUCGAAAAUGAAUGUUUGUUUACAUUUUUCCGCUUUUUGGCGCGAUUGAAAAUGCUUGUGCUGCUCCGUACGGCUGGGUGACAAAGUAAAGAUAGUUCCCAAGGUCCCCUUUAAGAGUUUCCAGAGCCUGGUACCUGGUUCGCCCGAUAAUCUGCUUGAUACUACGACGCUGUUCCAACUAUAUGCCAGUGCCCCCGGCUGACGUGGUAUGGCCACUCAAGUAAGGCUGUUCCAAACACCGUUCGCCACUGUUCGCCCAAUCAUCUGCUUGCUUUUGUAUUUAUCCGGUUUCGCUGUUCCAAGCUGACGUCAGUGCCCCGAGCGGUGUGCGUAGGUUUUAAAACUUCGCCUGUUUGUCUUAACUAUCCAAACAUUAUGCCGGAAAGGAAAAUAAACGCUGUAGUUUUGCGUAUUUUUACAGUAUAUUUUUGGGUUUAACAUUAUAACGUGAGCGUGUGUAAUCUUUUGUUUGCUUUAGUGCAUUUAUGAUUAAUGUUCAGUGGCGGCCAUGUUGCGGUGUUUGUUUACCAGUGACGAGACAAGUCUUUUACCCAGUAUUUAAAUUUCCCGUAAAAACACUGCGAUUUCACAUUUUAAUACUAAAUUUCGUGUAAAAAUGCUGUGUUGUGGCGAUUUCGCGUAAAAACUGUAUUUUACGGUGAUUUCGCGUUUAUCGUUGUUUAAUCGCGAUCGCGAAAAGAACAGGCCUCUACUAAUAGGCAGUGAUAAUUUUUUUAUAAAUAAUUAUCGACCCAAGUUUUAUAUAUUUUUAUUUGGGGAAAUAUGACUGUGUUAUAUAUGGGUCUAGUCAGUCAUAACCCCACUCAUCGAGUCAUUAAAUAAUUGUAUCUGACAGAUUUGCAAUGUUGUGAAAUGAUUUUUUUUUGCUACAUGCGGGAAUUGACUUUUAUCACCGAUUACCAAUUAUUAAAGUAGAAUUGGUAGGUAUCGAUGAAAUUAGGAAUCGGUUUUCCCAUCCCUAGUUUUUUAAAUCCAAGUCACAGAAAGUUCUUUGAAUCUGAAUUUAGGUGAAUUUGCGCAAGAAAUAAAAAAAUAUAAACAAGUUUUCAUAAUCAAUACAAAUCUUAGUUAUAAAAUCUCCUGAAAUAAAAAGUAACUGUUUUGAAAGUAACAAAACUUUAAAUUUUUUAGCAACCUUUGGCUAACUUGCAUUUUCUUACACCUCACUUCUGUUCAUAGCCACACGUGAAAUGUGACUUGAAAAAUUGCUUAUAUCUGCGAAUAGUAGAUCUGUUUCGUUUUAAGCUUAGUUUGAUUAUUAUAAAUGAAAAAAAGACCUCGUGAUAUAAAAAAUGUUUUAAUAAAUUUUUCAUAAGAUCCUGAAAAAGUCCUGAAUUUGGGUUUACCAGAUAGACCAGAUGGAUAAGACAAGCAAAAGCUUUUAAGUUCUUAAAAAUUGUGUAACUAACAGAACUGUAGUUGUUAUCAACCAGAGUGUUUUACUGAAACUGACUUUUCAUUGUCAACAUCUUGAUUUAUUAUUGCAUUGAUAUCAAUCAUGUUUUAUUUCUCUGCAUUGUUUUGUGUGCAGCACAUUUCAAGUGUGGUGUUGAUAAGGCUGUCAGAUAUCUGUAUUUGAUAUUUUUUUUGUGUGUUUAAGAAUGUUGUAUUAGCUAGUAUGUGUGUGAAAAACACAAAAAUAAAAAACACUGAAGUCAGUACACAUUACAUGUAUGCAUGUGAUUGUUACAAUAUGGUAACUCGUGUGAAAUAUGAUUGAAGAAGAUUGCUUCAAUGUUUUAUAGUAAAGUCUUGAGAACUA